UGUCAACUCAGGUAUAAACUACUAUAUAGUUAGCCAAAAUUGGCUCUGAUUUUCAUAAAUCGUUAUAAAAAAAAUUAUCCAAAACAACAAGAUCAAAGAAGCUAGCUAGCUAUGGGGCUCUUGUAUGCACCAUUGUCUAGGCUCGGUUUAACUCUAGUUGUUGUACUAAUCAUUUUAACAACGAGCCAAAAUGUUGAUUGUAAGAGACACAACUUGUUGAGUGUUGAAGCCGGUGUGGUUAUCACUUCCAAUGAUCGUCCUAACCCUCCACCAAAGCCGUCACCUUCCAAUGACCGGCCUAACCCUCCACCUAAGCCAUCGCCUUCCAUUGAUCCUCCUAUUACCCCAUCUUCGAGUCCUCCUAGUCCUCUUUCGACUCCUCCAAUAAUGGAGCCACCGAGUCCUCCUAGUCCUCUUCCGACUCCUCCAAUAAUGGAGCCACCGAGUCCUCCUAGUCCUCUUCCGACUCCUCCAAUAAUAGAGCCAUCGAGUCCUCCUUUGCCUAUAGACGACACAUUUACUCCCGUGCCUUCUAUUGAUUCUCCCCUCAUCACGCCUUCUCCUGAAGCCUAUCCUCCUCUUUUGCCGCCACCUCUUGCACCAUCCCCUUCUCCUGUUGGCCUUCCUCCUCUUUUGCCGCCUCAUAUUCCUCCUGUUGUUGCUCCUUAUCCUCCUACAGUUGAUCCUCCUCCUUCUCAAGUACCUUCUCCAAAGGACGAUGCUCAUUAUGAAGAACCUUCUAAUCCAGCCUUAUCACCCCCUUCUCCUACUGUUCCUCCUCCGCCUCAUUCGCCAUCAAGACCUCCUUCAACGACGCUCUCUCCACCUCCGCUUUCUAAACCUUCUCCGUCUCCUCCUUUAAGACCUUCUUCCCCUAACUCUUACCCUUCUACCUCUAAUGACACUCCUAAAUUGCAAGUUGGUUACUAUCAAGGGAAAUGCUCUAAUAAGUCCAUGGAUGUUGAAGCUCUCAUAUCAACUAUUGUUGAAGAACAUUUCCUAAAUGAUACUUCUAUCCUUCCCGCCCUACUUCGCUUACAAUUUCACGAUUGUUUUGUCCAUGGAUGUGAUGCUUCAAUCCUAAUAGAAGGAAAUGCAACUGAAAAGACUGCGAUCCCUAAUCUCACUGUAAGGGGAUAUGAACUUAUUGAUACAAUAAAGGCUUCUAUUGAAGAAGAAUGCCCCGGAAUUGUCUCUUGUGCAGACAUCAUAGCAGUAGCUACUAACGUCGUAAUAAAAUUGGGAGGAGGACCAGAAUAUUUAGCACAAACAGGAAGAAGAGAUGGAAUAAUUUCAAACGAUGAAGAUGUUGAUCUUCCAAGUCCUACUUUGACAGUGCAAGAAACUAUUGAUGUUUUCCAAGCAAAAAAUUUCACUGCUGAAGAAAUGGUUGUUCUUUUAGGUGCUCAUACUGUUGGAAUUGCACAUUGUAUAUCAUUCGAAGACCGCCUUUACUCAGGCACUAGCCAGUUUGACCCAACCAUGGACCCAACCCUUCGCGAACAAUUGUCGGAAACAUGCCCCCAGGGACAAUUCUCUAACAACUUCGCUCUCCUAAACCAAAACCCUCAACAUUCAGGCAAAGUUGACAACACUUUCUACAACCAAAUCUUGAAACAAAGAGGAAUCCUCUCAAUUGACCAAGCAUUGGCUAAUGAUCCUUUAACAAAAGCAACAGUUGUACAAUUGUCUUUAAAUGCCACUUUAUUCAAUGUUGCACUUGCAAAUGCAAUGGUGAAGCUGCAAGCAGUUGACGUCCUUACAGGCGAUCAAGGAGAGAUUAGAAAUGUUUGUAGUAAAUUCAAUUGACAGCGACGACAAAGCUUCGUCUUAUAUUUUUUUCCAACACUAUAACGUGUUCUUAUGUUAAUUUAAGAUAUGCCUAUAUACUAAUUCAUUUUUUUCCUCACUCA